AACGCCUCUAUGGGCUAUGUCGGUGGUUUGCAACGACAACAACUGAUGAUGGCGAAAACAUGCACGGACAAGUUGUGGGACUUGGCCGCCGCCGCCGAGGUCCAAAGUCGGGAGAGUGGCGGUGGAGAGGACGUGGGUGGUGGCGGAGAAGCAGCGGGGGAGAGGAGCGUCUUUCUCACAGGAAGCAAGGCUGGGGGUAAGACGUCCAUUCUCCUCAGAUGCCUGGACAGGGACGAACCAGCUAAGCCCACUCUGGCUCUGGAGUACACAUUUGGCAGGAGGGCCACUGGACACAACACGCCCAAAGACAUAGCCCACCUGUGGGAGCUGGGAGGCGGGACCUCCUUGUCAGACCUGAUCCAGAUCCCCAUCACUGCUGCCAGCGUCAGGUCCCUGUCUGUCAUCUUGGUGGUGGAUCUGUCUGCUCCGUGCGCUCUGUGGGCGACCGCGGAGACGUUGCUGCAGGCGGCGCGGGCCCACGUGGAGCGGGCCGCGUCCCGGGCGCGACAAGUCGACAAGAGCCGACCGGCAGCCAAACGCCCGCCGCCCUUCGCGCCACGCGUCCUGCCCAAAGAUUUCCCUGACCGAGAGCUGAUCAGCGCAUUUCCAGUACCUCUGCUAAUCAUUGGCAGCAAGUAUGACCUCUUCCAGGAAUUACCGUCAGACAAGAGGAAAGUGGUGUGCAAGACGUUGCGUUUUGUUGCUCACUACCACGCCGCCUCACUCAUUUUCAGCAGCAUCAAGUCGGAGAGCCUCAUGUCCAAGACCAAGAGCUUCUUCUCCCACCUGGCCUUCAACGUGGAUGCAGGGAAAACAGUGUCAUGUGACUCCAGCAAGCCCCUCAUCAUUCCAGCAGGUUCCGACUCCUUCAGCCAAAUCGGCUCUCCACCCACGACGGACGUGGACAUCACUUCCCUGCACGCCAGGAACCCCAAAGACCUCUGGAAGAAAGUCUACGAGCGGAUCUUCCCUCCAGAGAACACCAGCGAGAAGAAGGAAGUUAAGGAUCCAGCCAAGGACCCGCAAUACAGCGAACCGCAGAUCGACGCCAUGCGGGCGCAGAAAGAUCAGGAGUUGGAAGAGUACAAGAAGAAUGCAGCAAAGUCUUGGAAAGGCCUGGAACUGGACACAUAACUUAAAAAACUGGAUUUACUGUAUAUUACACCACUUGUCAUCUUUUUUUCCCCCCAACAGAAAUUCACAAAUUUCUACUCCUGGGAAUUACUGUGAAAUCUUGCGCAUUUUAAAGGGAGGGAAAAAAAAUCAAAAAAAUGGAAAUCUUUGUUACAUUCUGACAUUGAUCAAUGUAAUAUACACACAACAGUGACACGAGUACACAUCCGGAGCAGUUUGUUGACUUUAGUGAUUUUUAAAUCAUGUCUUCCAGAAAUGAAUAAUUGUUAGGGUUAUCCUGUAAAUCUCCAUAUAUUCUCAAUUCAGCAUGCCCCGAAAGGAGACCGGAGACACACCAAACAUAACCUGAGUCAGUACUUAUCUUUUGCGGCAAAAGGAGAAGCAGUCGCUCUUUCGGCGAUCUGGAAUCUUCUGACGUCUGUCUCCCCUGUGCCCUUUUUACUAACAUUUGAGUAGGUGGUAUCACAUUCCCUGACCUUUUAAGGACUUGUUUGUUAUCAAGAUGUGGCCAGUGCCUCGAGGUGUGCGAGUUUGUGCAUUGUAGUACUUUUCCAAACUGCUCUUGUUUCCAGUGAACAAGGGUGCUAUCAUCUUAAUGCAGUUACAGCAACAAUGUGUUUUGAUGCGAUAAUAUAUACCAUUUUUCCAUCAAUAAUUGUAAUGAUACCUACCUCAGUACACAGUUGUAAUUCAUUACAAACCCAGGUGAGGCACAUUCAUUGAGCAGAGAAAAUG